UAUUAUACUUCUUACAUGGUGCUAACAAUCACAGACAUGUAUAAAUCAGUCAACAAUACUGAAAAGUUUAUUAAUAAUAUUACGGAGUCUUUGAGAAUUGUGAUCGUAUACGUCCGUAUGUUCAUGCUUCGCUUCAACAUUUCUAGUCUUGGUGAAAUAUAUUCGCAAAUAUUCAAGGAUUACAACGUCAGUGAUUUUGAAAAUUCUCAAGAAAUUGAAGUAUUUAUGCAGUUUAUUAAUAAAGGUAUAUUUUUGGUGCGAGAAUUCGCCAGUUUUAUGACAGCUGAGUUCUUCAUUAAUGAUAACAAUCGAACAAUAUUUAUCAUUCCCUACAAACUUUAUUUUUUCCAUGAAAUAACUAGCUUGACGCGUUAUUAUUUGACAUUCUUAUGCAUUAUGCCUUCGAUUUGGGCCUUUGGCUUCGGAAAUGUGUCAGUGGAUUCCACUUUGAUUUCUCUGCUCUUUUAUAUCAUUGGAAAGAUGACUGUGUUAAUGAGGAUUGACACGCUUUAAAACGGUCCUAAUUCCAGGAAGAAAUUCAAUAAAAUAAUCGCCAAGCAC